AAUGCUCCAGUACUGCAUGCCUCUCUGAUUUCUGCUCCUCUGUUCUCUCUCUCUCUCUGUUUCAAAAUCAUUUCGCAAUUUGAAUUCCUCUGUUCCAUUUGAUUUUGAAAUGGCGUCGUUGGUGGAUUCUUCUAGUUGGAGCCUCGUCGCCGCGAAACCUACGUCUUUCAAGCUCAAGGAUUUUCUUCUUCAAGACGAUUUCAGCUCUUGCUCCUCUCAUGGCUUCCGAUCGUUUCCACGAAGCCAAUGCUGCACCACAACCGUCCGAUUUCUCCUCAACAACGAUUUCAAACGGACAGAUUCUUCCGUAACUAAAUCAUUACCUCCUCCAACUGCCUCCACCAGAAUCGCUCUCCCCGCGGUCUCCACUUUGCAAAAGGCGUCCAACGCUGUUGUCAGAGCAUUUAAGCAGUUUCCGUUGCGCAGGAGUAUUUCGCGGAAACUGAUUCUCGUAUCCUUUUGGAAGAAAUCGAAUGUCGUUGAUUCCAACGCCAAACGCUGGAAAUCGUUUCGGGAAUUUCUCGAUGAGAAAGAACCGCCGUCGUCGUCUGACCACGAUCACGCCGAUUCCGCCGAUUCCUCGGUCAUUGCUGUCGCUGCAAGAAACUCGAUCUGUAGCUGUAGUAAUAGCAUCAGUUGGACGGAGAGCGAAUUUACAUCGGAGAUGAUUCCGUCGUCUUCGAGCGGUAAUUUCGACAGUUGCAGCGAAAUCGACGCCGCCAAGGACGAUAAGGAUUCGCCUGGUAAUCUCAGUAAUCUCAUAGCCAAAACAGAUGGCGUAGCUUUGGGAAAAGAUUGCAUUGAAGAAACAACCGCCGUCGCCGCCACCGCCGCCGCCUACCCGGAGAAAGCCAUUAAGCAAUUGGGAAAUGAAGAAGAAAAGGAGCAGUGGAGUCCAGUUUCAGUCCUGGAUUUUGGUUUGAAGCGAUUGGAGAAGGGAGCGGAAUUGGAACCUGUAGACUUGAAGAAACGAUUCGCUGAUUUGGGUUUAAUAAUAUCCACAAAAGAAGGGCAGAGGGAACAGAAGGCAUUGGAGCUUGUAAGGCUCGUGAAAUCUACGACCAAAUCGCAGUGCUUCACGUUGAAAACAGAGAAUCUGGUGCUGGAUUUGAUCCAUGAAAAGCUGGAAGAAGAAGAAGAAGAUGAAUCAAGUGCAAGAGGGUGUGGUUUUGAGGAAGAAAAGGUUGUGAAAUUAAUAGAAGGUUGGGUGGAUGGAGAGGGCGGAGAAAUGAGGGUGAUGGGAUGGGAGUUGGCGGAAGGACGGAGUUUGUACAUUAAGGAUAUGGAGAAGGCGGGAAAGUGGAGGAGUUUGGGCGGAGAAAAGGAGGAAUUGGCGGCGGAGGUUGAAACCGAGGUUUGGAUCUGUUUGCUUGAUGAGCUAUUAGUUGGCCUGUCUUAGCUUCUUAUUAUUAUUAUUAUUACUAAAAAAAAAAAGAUGUAAAUAAUUAGCAGCCAAUCAAUGUACUUGCAUACUUAAAAAAGAAAAGAAAAGAAAAAAAAGAUAGGUGGUAAUAUAUACA